CUUAAAAUUUGGCUGCAGUGCUUUCUAAUCAUCCCAGCUUCUAGGAAACUAGCAGCAUCUUGAAAGUGACAUCAGGAGUAGAGUGUUUGUUUUAGAAACUGAUUGGACUGUGUAUCGGCAUUCUUUUAGAGGGAGACAGGGAGCUAUUUUGAGUGUGAGCAGAAUGAUCGGACAUGCCACUGUAACAUCACACACCUUGCCUAAAGACCAGUGAGGAGACAUGUGUUCGUGACAGGCACAAGCAGUAAGAAAAUAACUGCAUGUCCUUCUGACUCCUCGUUCAGACUGAUGCCAGUCGCCUGCAAAGACUGCCGACUGCCUGUCCUUUUGUGACCUUGCACAGAAUCAGCUCUAUCGUUUUUAAUCGGAACAAGAAAACUGGGCUUUGUUUUUGGACGUGUGAAAAUACAGCUGAUAGUCUUUUAGAUUGCUUUCACCUUACCAAGACGUCAAAGGCUGAUGUGGAUCAAUAUCUUUGAAUUUCAACUCCUUUACCAGUCUUGAAUGACAUUUGAUUAUUUAAUGGGAAUAUUUCUGUAUCAAUAUUGAGGAGCUCUUGAAUCACCUUUUACCAAAGCAAGGGGCAACCUUGCUCCAGGUCCAGUCGUCUGUGAUCUGAUUCAGUCUGUAAGAUACAUCAGUUCAGUCUGGAAUGUUUGACAGCGUGACGAGUUAAAAAGCCAAACAUUUUUCUGACUCUGGUUGACCGGCUCAAUAAGCCCGUUGGGUGGUGGCAGUUCUGGGUGAACCUGUUCUUUUGACCAGCUUCCUGAGCAUGGGUUAGCAGCCAAGUCAUGGUUGUUACCCAAUUGGAACUGGAGUUCUGCUUCCAGGGGAAGAAGCUGCGUGCUUUCACCUGUAAGCUAACCAAGUCUGCCAAUGGCUUCCUGCCAGAAAGCUCCUGGAGUAUCGCCACCCAAGUUCUCCUGCCGUACCUGGUGGCUGGACUCGGCAUGGUGGCAGCUGGCUUGGUGAUGGAUAUAAUGCAACACUGGGAGGUAUUCAGGACCAUCACAGAAGUGUUUAUCCUGGUGCCAGCCUUGGUGGGAUUGAAGGGAAACCUUGAAAUGACCCUGGCUUCCAGGCUGUCGACCGCAUCAAACACUGGUCAGAUGGACGACGCACGGGAACAGUGGAGGAUGGCUACCUGCAACCUAGCCCUGAUUCAGGUCCAGGCCACCGUGGUGGGGCUCCUGGCUGCAGUAGCGGCUGUCGUUCUGGGGUUUAUAUCUAAAGGACACAUUGAUUUGGAGCAGGCCGCGGUUCUGUGUGCCAGCAGUGUCACGACUGCCUUCAUAGCUGCCCUGUCGCUAGGUCUGGUCAUGAUUGGGGUCGUUAUUGCAUCCAGAAAGCUGGGGAUAAACCCUGAUAAUGUGGCCACGCCUAUUGCAGCCAGUCUUGGGGACCUGAUAACCCUUUCACUGCUGGCCGGAAUUAGCACUGCACUCUACAAAUAUAAAGAUAUCUCUUACCUGUCUCCCCUGGUCUGUGUCCUGUUCAUUGUGCUGAUCCCACUCUGGGUGGUCAUCGCUAAGAGAAGCCCUCAGAUCAGAGAGGUGCUGAAGUCAGGCUGGCAGCCUGUCAUUGUCGCCAUGUCAAUAAGCAGUAUUGGUGGUCUUAUUUUGGACAAAACUGUGACAGAACCUGACUUUGAGGGAAUGGCAGUCUUCACCCCAGUUAUAAACGGUGUUGGAGGGAACCUGGUUGCCAUCCAGGCCAGCCGAAUCUCCACCUACCUCCACUUCUGGAGCAUGCCUGGGGUUCUGCCCUACAAGCUGAGGCAGCACUGGCCCAACCCCUGCACUACCUUCUUCUCCUCAGGAGUUAAUUCCAGAUCAGCCCGUGUCCUGUUCUUGCUGGUAGUCCCUGGUCACCUGGUGUUCUUGUACACGAUCACCCUGCUCCAGGGAGGCCACAUGGCAGUAACUCUCACCUUCGUCCUCUUCUACUUGACUGCCGCUCUCCUUCAGGUGGGAAUCCUGCUGUACGUGGCAGACCUGAUUGUUCGGUUGAUGUGGCGGAAGGGUCUGGACCCUGAUAACUUCUCCAUCCCCUACCUCACCGCGCUGGGAGAUCUGCUGGGCACAGGCUUCCUGGCGCUCUGCUUUCGCCUGGUCAUACUGGUCGCAGGAGCGGACGUCAAGCCAGGCAACUGAGCCUGCCGUCCUGCGUCUCUGCCUGUGUAUUCACUAGAACACAUUUUACUGCAGUCUCAUUUGGUAUAGCUAUGUCAAAAAACAGCAAGUUGUAUCCAUAUUUUUUUUAUUAAGACAGUUUUUGUUUUCCUCAAUGUUUUUCAAGCCAUUUCAUUUGUCAAUUUUUUCAUGCUUGCGGUCUGAUUUAAGAUCAGUUUGCAAAACAACAUUUCAGAGCAAUAGUACGUCAAGAUUACAUCCCUGGGAAUAAGAGUUACGAUUCAACCCCACAACUGUACAAUAUUUAAAAAAGUAUAACAUUUGAAAUCUAUUUAUUAUUGCUAACUCAACGAAUCAAUUACAGAACUGUGCAGUAUCAAACAAUUAUAAUAUCUAUAUAUCAUUUAUGAUUCUCAACAUAAUCUAAAUAAUAUUAUUUAGGAUUCAAUGCCAUAGCUGUGCACUUAUGAAAACACAAUCUAGCCGAGUCAUCAGAUGUUUGUGCCUAUACACUGUUGAUGUGUUAUCUGAGAGGCUUUAGGGGCUCCAUCUAGAGCAGCCCUUCUUGGCUGGCCUGUCUUGAGUCUUUUGGCUCAAAGGGAAAAUCUCAUUUGUGUUUAAAAUGUAAUUUUGUGUAUGUACAACUUUCAGUUGCAAGCACAAAUAAAAUGAUUUAAAUAUU